GUUUAAACCGGCAGGGUAUAUAGAGACAGGAGGAACGAAAAACACCACAACACAGACUUCAUCUGUCAGCCAUGAGUGUCAUCAACAUCGGUCCAGACCCGUCUCUGGCAUAUCGGCCAAAUUUGGAGAUGAAUAAAAGUAAAGAAAAGCAAGACUACAGGAACUAUGAGAGUGGAAGUCUGAUCGACCGUGUGUUCAACACAUACAAGCUUAUGCACACCAAUCAGACGCUGGACUUUGUGAAGCAAAAGCACUCUCGAUGGGGCGGCUGCAACCACACUCAGAUGACGAUGAUGGACGCCAUCAUGUCUCUGGACAACAUGGUGGACGAGUCCGAUCCUGAUGUGGACUUCCCAAACUCUUUCCAUGCCUACCAGACUGCUGAGGGCAUCCGCCAGGCGCACCCAGACAACGACUGGUUCCAGUUGGUGGGUCUGAUCCAUGAUGUUGGGAAGGCAAUGGCUCUUUGGGGCGAACCCCAGUGGGCUGUAACAGGCGACACCUUCCCAGUGGGCUGCAGGUUUCAAAACUCCAUCGUGUUCAGAGGCAACACCUUCCUGGACAACCCAGAUGAGAAAAACCCCAGCUACAACACUGAAUACGGGAUCUAUGAACCAAAUUGCGGGCUCGACAAAGUCCUCAUGUCCUGGGGCCAUGACGAGUAUCUCUACAGAGUUCUGAAGUUCAACAACUGCUCCAUCCCCGAGCAGGGGUUGUGCAUGAUUCGCUUCCAUUCAUUCUACCCCUGGCACUCCGACGGAGACUACAUGCACCUGUGCAAUGAGAAUGACCAGCGCAUGCUGCUCUGGGUCCAAGAGUUUAACAAAUUUGACUUGUACUCAAAGAGCACCGAGAUGCCCGACGUCGACACGCUGAAGCCGUAUUACCAGUCUCUGAUCGACAAGUACUGUCCUGGAGUACUGAAGUGGUGAAACAGACAAACAGCAACACCAUAUAGGAACAGAGGGUGAUUACAUAAGCCGAGUAAAUCAAUAACUUGUGUUGUUGCAUAAUAGUAAUAACAAAACUGGAUGUAGUGUCUCCUGUAUACACAUUACUAAUACUAAUUUAACUCAAGUUAAUAAAUGUACAUAGAGAUAUAACUUGUGAUUGUUACACAUUUCAGAUGAAGAAAUGACAAAACAUUUAUUUAUUAUUUUACUUUAAUGUGAUAAAAAAAAUGUAAAAGAUACUACAUCAAUGUGUGUGAUAUGUUUCAUUUCAAACAUUAACAGAAGAAAAAGAGACAUUUGUGGGGGAAAAAGAAAGUAGAGUUGUUUUAGUUAGUUCAGUACAUACAGCAAGAGACUAAUGUAAAAACACACACACACACACACACACACACACAAGGACUACAGUAUGCAACACAAACAGGAGACCAAGAAUACCAUGAACAUACAUUUACUCUCUGAAUAGGCAACAGAAGCUGCCUUUUAUUUUAUAUUUCUCUCUUCUUUCAACGGGAUUUGAUCUGCUGACUAGAUUGAUUGUUCACCAUAAGUCCAAACAAACCGAGGAGGUUUUAAAAUUCCUAAACAUCUGGCAAAGAUCUACUGAAUUAAGUGACUGCUUUCUGAUAUAGACAGCUGAUGCAGUAAU